GUGUGGGUGAGCGACUUCCUCUGUUAAAUAUUUACAACAUGAAGCAGCACUUUGCUGGUGUAAGUACUUACACCGAGGCUGAUAAAGACACAGAGCUUGACCAGCUCCUCUACUCGUCUAGCUCUUUCCAGGAAUAGAAACCGAAGCAAAGUUGAAUUGUGGAGUUCUGCACACGUAGUGUCUCAAUGAUUGUCAACACAACAGCAAACCAGUUCCUGAUAACAACUUCAAAUCUCAGCACCAUUGACAGCUCCAAUGGUUCGAACUAUUGCCCUGAAGGUAACUUCUGGGAAUGGCUCUACACUUUUCAACCGAUUUACAUAAUGAUGGUGUGCAUCACUGGUCUUGUAGGAAACAGCUUUGUCUUGAUUGUCAUGUGUUUACACAAAAGCCAUUGCACAGUGGCAGAGAUCUACCUGGGAAAUCUAGCUGGUGCCGACCUACUCCUCUUGGCUUGUCUCCCUUUCUGGGCCACCAACAUUGCCCGACGCUUCAGUUGGCCCUUCGGAGAGUUCCUCUGCCGUUACGUCAACUCUGUUCUUUACAUGAAUCUUUGCAGUAGUGUCUACCUCCUUGCGAUGGUCAGUAUCGACCGCUACCUAGCUCUGGUGAAAGUCCUGAGUCACAGCAGAAUACGGACGGUUUCAUGUGCUAAGAUUAACUGUUUCUUCAUCUGGAUGUUCAGCUUGUUGAUGAGCAGCCCUGUCAUCAUAUUCCGAAAAGUGAUCGAUGUUCAACACUUGAAUAUCUCCGCCUGCCUACUCAAGUAUCCUCAUGAAGCCUGGAUGCUGCAGAUGGACAUUGUGCUGAUAGUCAUUGUCUUCCUAGUGCCUGCUGCCAUCAUCAGUUACUGCACCUUCCAAAUCCUAAAAGUUCUAAGAAACAACCAAAUGCAACGCUUCAAGCAAGUGCGCAAGGAAAGCAAGGCCACAUAUUUGGUCCUCAUUGUCCUCUUGGUCUUCGUCAUUUGCUGGAUGCCCUUUCAACUCCUCAGGUUCCUCAAGAUCUUCAACGAAACAAAUUUACUGUCGGGCUGCAUCUGGCAGAGUGUGAUUGGUAACGGCAAUCAGAUUGCGACCUUUCUUGCGUUCACCAACAGCUGUAUCAACCCCAUACUCUAUGUCCUUGUGGGAAAGCAAUUCAGGAAGAAAGCAAAGGAGCUCUAUAUCCAAACCAUAGCCAGUAGGAGCUCAUCGUGGAAUUUCAGUGAUUCCUUAACAAUCGAGAGCACAUCGGGAAAGAGUAAACAGUUAAAUAGGGAGCAGGCAUGAA